AUGCUACAUCGAUUACUGCUCGUCGCGGUAAUCCCAUUCGUCUUCGGCACUCAGCAAACCGAAUUGAAGGAAGUUCGAGGCGUGCCGCGUUCACAAUUGCCGCUAUUCCAGCCAACCGGGCGCGAGUUGAAUCAUUUCACGUGUCUCGAUGGCACACGAACAAUCCUCUACUCGCAAUUGAACGAUGAUUAUUGCGAUUGUUUGGACGGAAGCGAUGAGCCGGGAACAUCGGCGUGCCAAAACGGCCAAUUUUUCUGUCGCAAUGAGGGCCACACCGGCGAUUUUGUGCCGUCGGAUCGCGUAAAUGACGGAAUUUGCGAUUGUUGCGAUGGAAGCGACGAGUACAACGGCGGCGUCAGUUGCGCCAACAUUUGCGAGGAGCUCGGCCGAGCGGCGAAAAUCGAGCGCGAGCGAAUCGAAGCGGUCGCUCGUCGUGGCUACGCGAAACGAAAAGAGCUCUCGCGUGAGGGUCUUGAGCUUCGCGACGAGAAGCUUCGCAACGUCGAACCGCUGAAGCAGGAGAAGAUUGCACUCGAGCCGGAGCUGAAGACACUUGAAGAGGCGAAGAAGGCCGCCGAGGAAUUGGAGAGGAAGCUUCAAGACGAGCACAGCAAAAAAUGGAUGGAAACUGUGGAGGAGAAGAAGAAGCUGAAAUCCGCGCAGCUUUUCAUGGAGUUGGAUAAGAAUGAGGAUCAGAAGAUCACAUUGGAUGAGCUGAAAAUGCUCAAAUAUCUUGACACAAAUAACGAUGCUCAGGUUUCCGAUGAUGAGGCGAUGAUCUAUCUUCCAAUAAAUGAAGCUGACUAUGAAUACUUCCACUCGAAUAUGUAUAGUCGUCUGAAUGGCCAGAAGAUCACCUAUGAUCGGGAUCGCGAUCUCGAAAAGGAUCUGGAAGCUGAGAAGAACGACGACCUGAUUGCUGAUGAAGAUCGACAUGACGAGGAAAAGGAGGAGGAGCACAAUGAGGAUGGUGGAGAGGAUGAUGAAAAGAUGCCGCCGUAUCCACCAGAAACGCAAGCGGCCAGUGAAGCCGCCGUAGAAGCUAGGAAGAAAUUCGACGAGCUCAAUGACAAAGUUCGAGACAUUGAUAAUAAAAUCCGAGAAGCUGAAGAGUUCGCCACAGCGGAUUAUGGAGAGGAUUUCGCGUGGGUGGCUGUCAAAGGCAAAUGCUUCGAGCGCAACGUCCAACAAUACACUUACACGUUCUGCCCGUUCGGAAACAAUGAGCAGAAGGACACGGGAGCCUACGGCGGCACAAGUCUUGGAAGGUUCAAAGAAUGGGUGACGAUCGGCUCGAACAAAUACGCCAAACAGAUGUACACCGACGGCCAACAAUGCUGGAAUGGUCCGAAACGAUCGACAGAGGUGGUGAUCGAAUGCGGCGAGGAUCACGAUCUUGCCGAAGUCACCGAGCCGGCGAAAUGCGAAUACCACUAUGUGUUCCGAACCCCGCUCGCGUGCGACGAUCCCGAUAAGGCGUCGAAGCACGAAGAGCUCUAA